CGCGCCCGUAGGCGGGGACUACAAGUCCCGGCGCCGCGCCUCGGGGACCUGCCCCAGUGGCGCUCGGUCGCGUCUCGCGCCAGCCCGGCGCCGGCCCGGGGCAGCAAGGGCAUGGAACCCCGCGCAGCGGACGGCUGCUUCGUGGGCGACGUGGGAUUCUGGGUGGAGUGCACUCCUGUUCAUGAGGCAGCCCAGCGAGGAGAGACCCUGCAGCUGCAGCGGCUGAUCGAGAGCGGUGCCUGUGUCAACCAGGUCAUGGUGGACUCCAUCACACCCCUGCAUGUGGCCAGCCUGCAGGGCCAGACACAGUGUGUGCAGCUUCUGCUGGCUGCCGGGGCCCUAGUGGAUGCCUGCAACAUCGAUGGCAGCACUCCUCUCUGUGACGCCUGCGCCUCGGGCAGCAUCGACUGUGUGAAGCUCUUGCUCUCCUAUGGGGCCAAGGUCAACCCUCCCCUGUACACAGCAUCCCCGCUGCACGAGGCCUGCAUGAGCGGAAGUUCUGAAUGUGUUAGGUGUCUUGUUGACGUUGGGGCCAAUCUGGAAGCGCAUGACUGCCAUUUCGGGACCCCUCUGCAUGUUGCCUGUGCUCGGGAGCAUCUGGACUGUGUCAAAGUGCUGCUCAAUGCAGGGGCCAAUGUGAAUGCGGCAAAGCUCCAUGAGACAGCCCUGCACCACGCUGCUAAGGUGAAGAAUGUUGACCUCAUCGAGAUGCUUGUUGAGUUUGGAGGCAACAUCUAUGCGCGGGACAACCGGGGGAAGAAGCCAUCCGACUACACUGGGAGUAGUGGUGCGCCAGCCAAGUGCUUUGAGUUCUAUGAAAAGACACCUCUGACCCUGUUGCAGCUCUGCAGGGUGAGCUUCAGGAGGGCCACUGGUGUCAGAGGGCUGGAGAAGAUCACCAAAUUGAACCUCCCUCCCCGGCUUAUUGAUUACCUUUCCUACAACUGAGCUGCAGAUGCGGGAGGCAGAGGCUGCUGGGGCUUCUGCCUUGUCUGUCUGAAGCUGGGCCGUUGCCCUAGAUCAAAUGAUGUCCCUGAGUCCCUGCCACCAAUCUAUUUCAUCUUCUCUGAAGAUCCUGGAGAAUGUCUCCAAUGCCUUGGAGACAGGCCACACCUCACCUUUUGGGGGUCCUGUGCUGGCCGCUGUCCAGCUGGCUUCUUCACUGACCUUCCUCAGAGGGACCCUCAGGAAAGACUUCCAGAAGCAUGGGGAAAGGCCAAACCAGGCAGGGCAGGGGGCCAGGGCAUUGCUGAGAGGGUGGCCCUGGCUGAUUCUUGGGGCCCUUGAGUGGCCCUGGGCAUUCAGAGGAGCCUGUGCCACAGGCGUGCCCCUUGGGAGGUUGGGUCCUGACCCUGUGGCCCAGGACACUGCUUUGGUGACAUCAUGCCACUUGAAUGCUUGCUUCUGGAGCCAUGCUUGACACUUUCCAAGGCCCACUUGUGCCCAGGUAUGCGCAUCACCCAGGGUUUCUUAUGGGUCUCAGUUGGGGAAGGCUGGGGCAUUUCACUCCCCACUAGCACAGUGUUUCUUUGGAAAUUUUUCUUCAGUUUGAGGUCUCAACUCUUCUAACAAAGUUUAUAUAGGGAAUAAAAAGCUUUUAGACAUACAUAGGUUUUGUUUAACCUAGGUUUUAUUAAUGUCUUUACAACAACAGUAACAUGAAGGUGUUUAAACACAUUCCCAGGAGUAGUCAUUUCCAGCAUGAAGGACUGUUAGGAAGCUCUUUAAGGAUUAUUUUUCAUCUGUUUCUCAGUUGCCAAAUGAGUUAUUUUCCCAUCCUAAAGUUUGCUAACUCCUUGAAGCACUGAAAUUAGUAAACGAGGUUACCAACACCCACUGGGUAUUAAUCGUUGAUUCAUGCAUUUGCAGAUAAUUACAGAACAUGCAUUAUGCUUAAGGAAUUGUCUCAGCUUUGCACUGGGCAGGAAACAGAUUGAUUAUCCCAGGCAGGGAAAGAAAAUCUGUUACAAUCUGUUCCUGUAGUAUUAGAAACAACUUAUAUUCUCUGUUACAAGCCAAUAUACUAUUAAGUAGUAUAUUCAGGCUGCAUUUGUUUAAGAUUCUGUAUAAUUAAAAACAACAAACACAGGGGAGUUAGACCAGAAGACUUUUCCAUAGUUAGUCCAUUGUAUUUGACUUCUGGGUUGCUGGGGCGGGCACCACUUGUGAACACUAUUGUGAGUCAUGCCUGAAGCCAGCGUCCUUAGAAAUGGGAAUGUCACCAGAUUCUGCAGGUCUGCCUGGUCUUCCCUACCCCAGAGAAUGUGAGGAGGAUGGCCUUAUAUAAUCACAUAGUUGUUCUUCAUGGCCAGAGGUGUCUGGCUGUGGGUUCCAUGAGUGGCCCCAGAUCUGGUGAAAAGUUUCAUGCUGGCCACCCUGGGAAUUUUCCAGCCAUGCCACUGCAGUCUUUAUUGGAUGCUGAGAAGGGCCACUCCUGUUCAGGGACAGCUUUAGGUCUGUCUAACAAGGUUUGGAUAAUUCAUGUUUCUGCAUGUACUAAUAACAAAGACAAAAACAUCACAUUCUGCCCUUUCCUCUUUACGACAAACUUGCCUCUAGCAAUAAAUGCUGAGAACAUUUUCACAGGUGGAGUGCUGAGGGCAGGGCCCAGUCUCAAUGCUCACUGCUCAAUAAAAGUUGUUAAAUGGAGUUCA